AAUAAUAAUAAUUCAUCUAUUUAUACGUUACCGUGCGUUACGGUCUGGGGACGCGCAUCACGAACGAUCCCAUUUUCUAGGGUUAUUAGAUCAUUAUCCGAAAGAUCAUACGGAUUUCGAAGAUUGUUUGGCGGCGAGGGAUCGAUUAGGAGAAACGUUGCUCGAAGGACUUAGCAUAAUUAACCAAGCGGAAAAUCUGGUUCAGCUUUGCGAAAUGCAAAGGGACAUCAGCGGUUUCGACAAUUUGGUGCAGGAAGGACGUAAAUUUAUCAGGCAAGGUUGUUUGCAAAAGUACAGUCGUAAAGGUUUUCAACAAAGAAUGUUCUUCCUGUUUUCCGACAUAUUGUUGUAUACGUAUCAUACCCAACAACCAACCCAAUGUUUUCGCGUUCACGAUCAAUUGCCGUUAAAAGGGAUGAAGAUUCGUGAUAGCGACAACAAAACUGGGUCGGAAUUUGCGUUCAUAAUCGACGCCCAAGGAAAUCAAUCCUUGAUAAUCGCUGCUACUAACGAGGAAGAAAAGGAAAGAUGGUUGGAAGACUUGAACAUGGCUAUCGUGCAAGCUGAUACCGAUCCAAAGAUGCCAUAUUUGAAUUUAAAGUCUUGCAAUUCAGCCGAUGAAAUGGGCGAUGGUAUUGGAUUAGAAGCGGACCGAGGAAGUUGUGGAGGUGCUAAAGCCUCUCAACGAAUCAACACGACUGUACACAUGUGUUGGCAUCGUAACACGAGUAUCAGUUAUAGCGAUCAGUUGCGAGCGUUUCAAAAUCAACUUAGUGGAUUUCUAUUACGGAAAUUCAAGAAUAGUAAUGGCUGGCAAAAGCUUUGGGUCGUCUUUACCAAUUUUUGCUUGUUCUUUUAUAAAUCUCAUCGAGACGAUUUUCCAUUGGCUUGUUUGCCAUUGUUGGGAUACACGGUGACCAAACCAUCGGAGAAGGAUGGUAUCAACAAAGAUUUUGUUUUCAAGUUGCAAUUCAGAAAUCACGUUUAUUUCUUUCGUGCUGAGAGCGAUUACACGUUUGGACGGUGGGUCGAAGUGAUUCGAAGCGCGACAUAGCAAAAUCACAUUUUUUCAAUGGAAAAGAAGGAUAUUAAUAUACGUGUUCUAUACAAUUCCAAGUAACGAAACAUAUGAAUCGAAUACCUUAUAUAUAUAUAUUACGAAUUUUCAAAAUGUUUUUCAUUUGGUAUAGUAUUAAAAGUCGAGAAAUUUCAACAGGUUAGGAGGGAAAUUUGUUAGCAAUAAAUUUAUCAAAACUUUGCGGCCUUAUUUUUGGGACUGAAAUUAAAUUAAUACGAUUAAUUAUUAUAUGACUAAGAUUGUAAUCGACAAUCAAAUUGAAAUUAAUUAUCAAAUCAAAAAAAUAUCAAAAGGAAAAAAAAAGAAAGAAAGAAAAAAAAGAAAUGUAAAGACUGUGUAAAAAAAAAAUUGUAAAACUAUAAAAAGACGAAAGUAAGAUGUCUUAUAUAGAGGAAAUAUUAUACCGAUGCCUUUACCUGGAUAUUCUAAAAAAAAAAAUUUUAUCAAUAUAAAUUCAUUCUUAUCAAUUUUUUUGUAUUUAGAUUACUAUGAGGAUAUAAGAAUAAUAACUGAAAUGCAAAUAUUAUUGCAAAGAUCGUAUUUGAUUGGAAUUUAUAUCGAUAAUAGACGAAUCUAAAUAUGGAUGAUUAAAUUUCGAUAUCAAUGGUGAAAAACUAGAUAUAAGUAUUGGACCAAUUUUAUAGUAGAAUUAUUUUAGCCAUUCGCAUUUUGAAAAAGACAAUAAUUUUUUUUAGUAUAAAAGAGCUUUUUUGUUAUUAAAUUAAUAGAAGAUAUAGAGAAAUUAUUUCUCAUAUAUUCAAGAUUUCGUAAUUUCAUGAUUCUUUCUUUUUAUUACUUAUCGUAAACUUUUUUAAAGUUCUUUUACGACCGAUCACAUAGAGAGUAAGUAAAUCUAUUUGAUAAAAAAUACACUAUGUGUGACGAUUUUCUAUGUGUAUUUAAAAAGAAAGAAUUCAUGCAAUAAUGUGAAUUUACAUAUCUUCGCGAGCGAUUUAUCAGCGCGCAAAAAAGUCCGUAAUUUAAUGGUUAUCUGUUUUUUAGUUGCAAUUAUAAUUGUUUUGUUAUAAUAUAGAAUUUAAUUUAUACAUAUAUAUUAUAUAUAUAUAUAUAUAUAAAUCAAAAACAAAUUAGUUUUAUACUUGAAGAAUCGUAUUCAUAUUCGCGCACUGGAUAUUGCGCCUCGAAUAGGAGGUUAUGUUUAAUAGCUUUUCGAAAUGCUCGUGGAGAAAAGCAUCGUUCAAAAAGUUGCCAAACUUGUACGUUUAUUUAAAAAAAGAAAAUUGUAUUGUUUUGAUUUAUAUAUGUUUCAUAACAUUGAUUCGAAAUAAAUUAUGUUAUGUAACAUUAUGUAUCGAUAAUAUUCCGUAAUAAACGUACAUUACAAUA